GCUCCUCUGUCUCUCUGUCUCUCUGUGUUUUUUAGUUUUUCAUUAUUUAUAUUUUAUUAAUUUUGAUCUCCCCCUCAUCAGCCUCCUUUUCUAAUUUAUACCCGCUUCUCUCUCUCUCUCUCUCUCUCUCUCUCCACCAUCAAAACCCUCUCCCCCCCCCCCCCCCCCCCCCCCCCCAAGCCCAUCCAUGGUCUCAUAUGACCAUAAGGUCGACACAGCAAAGCAUCAAUCUGUUAAUUACCUUAGCUAGCUUUGAUUCGCUGUUCUUUUGGGAUAAAUAGAAUGAGCAUCGGCAGCAGCAACAACAACUACCUUAGCAGCAUUAAUAACAACAACAGCAACAGCAGCAGCAUGGGGAUUAUGAAUCAGUUUGGAGACACGAGCUUGACGAAGGUGUUUGUGGGAGGACUGGCUUGGGAGACCCCCAAGGAGGCCCUCCGCGACCACUUCCACAAAUACGGAGACAUCCUCGAAGCCGUCAUCAUCUCCGACAAGCUCUCCGGCCGUUCCAAGGGCUACGGCUUCGUGACUUUCAAGGAUGCGGAGGCGGCGAAGAAGGCCUGCGAGGACCCCACGCCCGUCAUCAACGGCCGCCGUGCCAACUGCAAUCUCGCCUCUCUCGGCGCCCGCCGCUCUAGGCCGCCGCCCACCUCCGCCCCGCCGGCCCCCCACCCCCACCCUCAUCCUCACCCAGGGUCUAAUGUGGGAGUUGGACGGAGAUCUGCGUCGCCCGCCCCUGCCAAUCACGUGCAGUGGUACUACGCGGCGGCUGGGACGCCCCCUUCCCCCUAUCAUCAUCAUCAGCCGCAUCACGCCGUUCCUUUCUACGGGUACUCCCCGACCUACGUUGCAACCGAUAUGAAUUACAAUCACGGUGCACAGAAACUUGGCUACACGACGGGGGGAUCUUACAUGAAUGGGGGGCAUUACUCGGCAGUGUACCCGGGGACGGGGCAAGCUAUGAUGGGUGCGAACGCAUUGAUGCCCAUGUACCCGCUCUACCAUUUCCAUCACCAAGCACAGGCCAUGGGCCUUCCGGCCCACAUCUUCCCACCAAGUACAGCGGGCCCAAUGGCGGCGGCCCCACCCCUCAUCUCAAAGCCCGCGUCAAUGGCUGCUCCUACCACAGGGACGGUAUGCUUGGCUGUGGAAUAGGGGCAGUUUAGUAAAUGGGCGCAGGCAAAAGCUGGAAGAAGCGGUGGCAACCGACUCUGUUUUUUUUUUUUGGAAGAAAAAAGAAAAAAAAGAAAAGGGGGGAAUAAUAGAUGCAGGGGAGAGGGAGAAGGGGAUGCGUGCAUGGAUGCAUUUACCUCUUUCCCAUUUUUUGUUUCUUUUAUUUUUUAUUUUAGUAUUAUUCAUAUUAUGCUGAUAUUAAUUAAGAUUCAUUCAUUCUCUUUUGUUUCA